UCCACAUCUAGGCUCUAGGCUGAGGAUCGUCCUGAUCUUACCUCCAACACUAAGGCUGCUUGUUUCCUUCUGGAUCCUUAAUCGGCUCCCCUGUUUGCUCAAAUAACACUCAAAUACAAUGGCACCUAAGAAGGAUGUGAAGAAACCAGCAGCUGCUGCUGCCCCUGCGGCACCGGCACCGGCCGCAGCCCCAGAACCAGUCAAACCCAAAGAACCAGCAUUUGAUCUGUCCAGUGUCAAGAUCGACUUCAGUCAGGAUCAGCAGGAUGACUUCAAAGAGGCUUUCCUGCUCUUUGACAGGACAGGUGCCAGCAAGAUCGCCUAUGGCCAGGUUGCUGAUGUCAUGAGAGCUCUUGGACAGAAUCCCACAAAUGCUGAGGUCAAGAAGGUCCUUGGCAACCCAACUCCAGAAGAGAUGAACGCCAAGCUGAUUGAGUUUGAGCAGUUCCUGCCCAUGCUGCAGGCUGUCGCCAACAACAAGGACCAGGGCAGCUUUGAGGACUUUGUUGAGGGUCUGCGUGUCUUUGACAAGGAAGGCAAUGGCACAGUUAUGGGCGCUGAGCUUCGUCACGUGCUGGCCACACUGGGUGAGAAAAUGAAGGAGGAAGAAGUAGAAGCCCUCCUGGCAGGACAGGAAGACUCCAACGGCUGCAUCAACUAUGAAGCCUUUGUAAAGCACAUCAUGGCCAUCUAAAACCUUUACACACUGUUCUACAUAUGUCUCAGAAGAUCUGGAGGCAUGGAAACUGUACAUAGACCAGCAACUGGUCACCAUUACCAACCUUAUGGAAAUAUACUGUACAAUACACCCACCAUUUUUUUUAAAUUUUGCACCAUUGGGACAUUUCUUUCCAUGAACCCUGGUAUUAUUUCAAGGAAACCAAAAGAUCUCACAGGAGCUAUCACCCUGGCAAAGCUGGCGGAGAAUUCCAUCAAGCACAUCUGUGUAACAUGCCAUGGAUUAUUGUAAAAUGAAAAACAUGACAAUAAAAUACCCUUUG